AAAGCCUUUUCCUUAUAUCCAACCUACAUCUACCCUCUUUAAGUUUGAAACCAUUUCUCCAUGUCCAAAUAUGACUUUACAACAAAAGGUUUAAUGUAAGUUAUUUCUUCUCCAGCUGAAGUGGAUCUCUUGGAGAUAUUAAUUUUUUUCUAGGGAUUUGGGGGGUGUGAGGGUGUGUGAGGGUCAGUCUUCCUCUUUCUUUUUUUUUUUAACCUUUUUCCUUUGGAGAAAUAAGUGCUAAAGGUCACUGCAGAUAUUCACCUUAAUAAAAUUCCUUUCCAGAUUCUACCGAGUCUGAGGAUAUAUCUUUAGAAAGCUCUGAAAUGACACAGGAUCAGAUGCUGAGCUAUCAGUUGAUGUUUCCCAUAAGCCAGGACAAAUCCAUCCCUCGGAAUUUCAUCACUGUAUAUGAAAACAUGAAAGCAAAGAGAAUAUUUGAACUCAAGAAAUGGAAAGAACAGGGACCUUGUCAGAAGGAGCUCUAUAGAGCUCUGUAUAAAUUGGCAAAGGUUCAGCAGAGAAGUGGAGGGGACAUUUACAAAUUCUAUUUACCCAACUGCAACAAGAAUGGAUUUUACCACAGCAAACAGUGUGAAACUUCACUGGAUGGAGAGUCUGCUGGGUGCUGGUGUGUCUAUCCAAAAAAUGGAAUAAAAAUUCCUGGAUCCCCAGAAGUGAAAGGAGACUCUGAUUGCCAACAGUACCUCAGAUCAGAAGAAUAAAACUGGUCACAUUCAUUUACACCAGGUUCUACGUGGAGCUUGAACUUAUCAGGAGCCAUUUCAGGCAGGAGAUAUUCCAGGAAGGUAGUUGCAGGCUCACGGGCAGCCCCACAAAAUAGCUCUUUUACUGUACUGGCAUUACUUAGAUGCAAAAUUGACAGAUACUACAACUGCAAGAUCGAGUCCUGCAGCCUUGUAUGUCAUGUUUGCAUAAUAUCAGAAAUGCUCUCAUAUGUAAAGCUGUUGAGUUAUUUAUUUUAUGAGCGUGUUUUUGUCUGUGUUCUUACUAAUUUAUAUUCUUAAACACUUCAUAACUUUAUAUGUAAAUAGUUAGUAUUAUUGCCCUUAAAUAUAUGUGUGUUACGUUGGAGAAAUGAUACUACUUAAAACUUCAAAUGACAUAAGUCUGUUGAGAAAAAAGGUUUGUAAGCUUGCAUUUUUGUACUAUGUAUUUAUAGACGUAAAACGGAAUUUUAAAAAAUAGCUUUCAGUAGGGGACGUGCUUUGGAACUAAUUUAAAACUUGUUUUGUUUAUUUAUCAUGUUGCUUUGGCACCUCUGUUUCAAUGUCAAGCUGUUUCUUAAAAAAGAAAGUCUAAACCUUGAUUAUACGCUGAAGCUCAUGAUGGGACAGUAUUUGUUUCUGUUUUCCACAUGUAUCAGGAUAUAUAGCAAAACAACAGGAUAUUCUGUGCCACAAAUGUAAAUUAUUCACAUGUUGACAUUAUCAUGUUAUUUAAGAUAAGUUAUUAAAUAAUUUCUUCUACAAAG